AUGAUGAUCAAUGCUAAUUUGAUGUUGAUGGUGGUCUUGCUGUGGGCUGGAACAUUACCAGUGGCCAGUCCCAAGAAUUACCCCUUCAUGUUAAAAAGACAAACACCAGAUUGUGAGAAGUACGUUCUGCCAAUAAAUGCAAUGUGGGAACCGACAUGUGACGAAAAUAAACGAUUCAAAUGCAAAAAAGGGUAUGAAUUGAUAGUUCAGACCACCUGUAAAAACGGUGGUUGGACUUUGGAACCAACUUGUGAAGCUGCAGGGUGUCCACAAGGUGAGAUUAUCACUAACUCUGAUGUUGUAACAGAAUCCAGAACAUUAAAUGAAGAUUUCAGUUUUGACUGUUCAGUUGGCUUCACCCAGAAUGGUGUGACGGGUAUGCUGAGGUGUGAUGAAAAUGGUACCUGGAUAGAACAGAAAGCUUGUCAAGCUUUAGAGUGUCCACAAGGUGAGAUUAUCACUAACUCUGAUGAUGUAACAGAAUCCAGAACAUUUAAUGAAGAUUUCCGUUUUGAAUGUUCAGUUGGCUUCACUCAGAAUGGAGUGACGGGUAUUCUGAGGUGUGAUGAAAAUGGUACCUGGACAGAACAGAAAGCUUGUCAAGCUGUAGAGUGUCCACAAGGUGAGAAUAUCACUCUCUCUGAUGAUGUAACAGAAUCCAGUAUUGUUGGAGGACUUUUUAAUUUUAGCUGCUCAGUUGGCUUCGUUGAAACUGGUACUCUGAGGUGUGAAGAAAAUGGUACUUGGACAGAACAGAAAGCUUGUCAAGUGGUACGUAAAGCAGUAGUGAAUAAAGGUUUACCGAAAAUAACAUUUGCACGCAAUUGUAAAAGAGAUUGUGCUACAACACCCGGGUGUGGCUUUACUCUAUCAGUCAGUGGUAUAUGUAAAACAUAUAAAAAACCACUCAUCUACUUUCAUCGAUUCACUCAAGGUCUCUCCCAAUGCAUCCAAAAAUGUAAAGAUGAACCAAGUUGUUUGACAAUGUCAUACAGUGGGCCUCCUCUUUUUGUUUGCAAUUUAUACAAUGCUAACUUCACCACGUUACAGAAUACAGAUGGAUUGGAGGUUGUUAACAAUGGAAUUGGUACCGUUGUAGAGAAAUCUGGUUUUGAUUUCGUUAAUACACCAUAA